GCCGUCGAGCAGGACCAAAAUGGCGACACUGGUAGACGGACGGGAAUAUGGUCUAGCUUCAAAUGCUUUGUCUGAGGGAAAUAAAACAGUAGUUCAUUUUAAAUUGACAGAUACGGCUUUGAAAACAUUAGAGAAUUUUUAUAAAAUUAAGAGUGGUAAAGCAACAAUACAGUUUCAGAAUAACACAGGGAUAAUAAAAAUCCCAAGCCAUGGCAACCAACCUGAGCGUGCAUUUCAAAUAUCAAUGUCAGCAUUACCUGGGGAUCCCAAUGGCAGUUUUGAUUGUAUUCAGCAGACAUCAAAUAACCUAUUCAGCCUUGGCACAAUGCAGCAUAAAGUCUCUGUGCAUGCCACUGAUGAUGUUUAUGAUCGCACUAGAGCAAAGAUGACAAUGGCAGAAGAGGAGAGUAAAAAAGUUUGCACUAAAGAAAUAAAACCAAGUGGUCGUCAUAUUAGCAAAAGAGUGAAGAAAGUUUUGCCACCUGGGAGUCUGAAACUCCCACUGCCAGUGCAAAAGCCCAGUACUGUAUCCAAACCUACAGCUUCCAUCAAUGGAACAAAUCGUCAUUCUCUUGGACAUACAUCAUCAUCAUCAUCAUUGCCUCUAGCCAGUUCGACAAUCAGCCCUAACUUACCUGCUUUAAGUGGCUCAGCAUCGAGUCAUGGCCAGAGGCAGUCCAUCUCUCCUAGUUUUGGUGUACUUGCUUCCAAGACAUCCUCUAGUAGUCAGUCCAGAGUUUUGAUGACAUCAUCUGCCACAAAACAGACUUCUGGUGCUGGAAACAUGCCAUACAGGGAUCGGAUCAUUCAUUUACUUGCACUUAAGCCAUACAAGAAGCCGGAACUGAUUUUAAGACUUCAGAAAGAUGGUAUCCGUGAGAAAGACAAAAACUCUCUUGGAAGUGUCUUACAACAAGUUGCCACAUUAAAUAGAGAUAACAGCUAUACAUUAUCCAGAGCUGGUUGGGCUGAUGUAAGACAGGACUGGCCAUUCUAUUCUGAGCAGGACAAAAUAUUACUUAAAAAGAAUUUGCAAUUAGAAAGUCGUGCAGCUCCUACAUCUCCAGCAGUGUCCCCAGCUAGCAGUAACCCAGAGAGUCCUGGGAAUUCACAGAAAAGAGCAGCAGAAGAGAAUGAGGAAGCAGCAGCAAAUCCCAAUAAGAAAAAGAGAAUAGCCCAUACAGACAGACGUCAGAAUGAAGAGAAGCCAGUUAGUGUAGUCAAACCAACCCUCAAUCAACAAUCUUCUCCAACUGCAAAUAUAGAGAAUUUUGAGGGUACUGCUGAAGAAAUGAACUGUGAAAAACCUGAUUAUAUUAGUAAAUUUAUUGACAUAGAAGAUGGAGAACAACGGCAACAGUAUAAACAUGAAUUCAAUAAGGAGUAUACAGAAUACAGAGAGCUUCAUAAACAAGUUGAUAUAGUGGCUUGCAAAUUUCAAAAUCUGCGUUCUCAAAUAAACCAGACUGAAGAAGGAACACCUGAUUUUGAAGUACUUAAAAAACAAAUUUUGGAGGAAUAUGAAGCUCAAAAAUCUGACCCUAAGUUCAUGGAAAAGAAACAGCGAAUGGACUAUCUACAUCAAAAAUUGGGCCACAUUAAACGACUUAUUCUGGAAUAUGAUCAACGGUUACAGACUUGCAGCUAACAGUUUAAAAUAUGAACUUUUGGACUUCACAUCAUGACCUGAUAUUGGAUCUUCUCUUAUGUUAUUUAUGACUUGCUUCACCUGCCUACAAGUGACCUUUAGAAAAAUAACUGUAAGGUGUAACUUUUGUUUCAUAUACUUUAGUUUUGUUUAGUGAGGUCUCUACAUACACCUCUUCUUCCAGUUUGACAUAUCUACCUGAAGCUGUGAUUUUUUUUCUUCACUUAGUUCUGCUGAUUCAUUUAUUCUAAGAUAGACACAGCUUUUGAAAUUAAGUCCAUUUCAUUGUUAGUUUUUGUAAAGAAUUGGAAAAUGUCUUCACCUCUAGGCCAAUGUUAAUAUUUUUAGAUUAUUUGUUUAACCGUAAAGAACUGAUACUGCUGUUGAUCUGUUUAACAUUUCUAUACAUUUUUUCAUCAUAACUCAUUUCAAAGAUUAUCGUUUUUCUUGUUAUAAAGCAUUUAGUUGAAAAAUAAAUUUAAAUAAUUCGCUCAUUACUUUUUCUUGAAUAAAGGUUGCAUGUAGGCAAGUAAACUAAUAUUUUCUUCUAGGGCCUGACUGAUUCAAAAUUUCACAGCAAAAUAAAAUAUAUUUAUAAACCCUUGUUUAAUAUAAUGAUUCCAGAAGAUCUGUUAUUUUUCCACGUGCAUGUUAUUAUUCUGAAACUGUUAAUAACUGUUAAAAAGACAAUUUGACAUGUUUAAGUGUACAGAUGAUAAGAACUAACAAAUGAUUUGUAUCUUCUUCAAAAUAAACCAAUUGCUCUGUGAUAAUGUCAUUUCAAAGGUUGCCGCCUCUUUAAAUUCCUCAUAAAUGGUACUGAGAAUGCGGUUUUAAUGCUCAAAUUUGUACUUGGCAAUAGUUUUAAUUAUUGUACCAUUUCUUUACUCAAGAGAUGUAUAUUGUAUCUGCAUUGACACUUCCUUCCUGUUUGGCAUUGCAUACGCUUUGUUACAUUCCUUUUUUCUCUUUCAUACAAUCCUGACAUUUUAUAUAGUUUCUUAUUGUUUAAAUUUUAACAAAAAAUUUAGAAUUUGUAAUAGCAUAAUUUUUGACCUGUUAGAAUUCAAAUAAAUGAUUUUUAUGCGUUGAAAAUAAUUUGAAUCGUAAUGUAGAAUAUACAUGUCUAUGAUACUGAGUUAAAUAAUUUACUAGACAAUAAGUUUCUGAAUGUUAAUAACUUGCUGCAAUAGCCAAAUAAUGUUCUUGAGAUUAAAAAGUACUGUAUUAAUUUAAUUAAUUUAAAGAAGGCACUUUUAAAAUCAAAGCUCUUAUGUAAACAUGUAUUAUUUAAGAAGAGUAAAUUUAGUCUGUUUAUAUUGUACAUAUUGUAAGGAUUUUUGUUUCUUUGAGAACGUGUCUGAUUCCUCCAGCUCGGCACAGUGCUAGUUUUUUUUAAAAUGAUCCAUUUUUCAUCAAAUCUUUAUUUAAAUUAAAUGGUUUGAUAUUAGAGCUACUAAAAUACACAUACAAGAGAAUGAUGCCUGGGUACAAUAUUUUAUUUUUGAAAGAAAUUUUUGAGUGUCACAAUACAUUUUUUUUUGUAAAAUUAAGACUCGCUGAAAGACUUACCCAUUGUAGGAAAUGUGAUCUUUUUAAACGAAGGUGCAACAAAAGCUUAGUGGCCUUGAGUAGUCACUAGGAUAAGAAUAAUUUAUAAUAUUUAUAAACUAUAGGCCUGUGAUGCUGGAUUAGUUAGGAUGAUAAACAUUUAUACUCUAGUCUUCUAACCUAUGUUAGACAUGUGAUUUGAAAGGGUUUUUGAUUUUGUCAUAUCACUAUCAUAAAAGAACACCACACCAUUUCUUCCAGACUUUAAGAUCAUUCUUGAAUGUAUUUUUUUUCCCUGCAUGACUUUGAAUUUAAAGAUUACAACCAGUUGACUAAGAACUCUUAAUUGAUGCUUCCUAUAUGUAAACUUGUAGCUUCAGUAUUGACAUUAUUUUUAUGAACCAUAUGUUCACUUUGUCUAAUAACAUUUAGAGAUUCUUAUGCAAUCCAUUGUAAAAGCAUUUAUUUGUGAGUAUGAGUUUUAACAAGGAAUCUGUGUCAAUUUAGACCUCCCCUUUUUUUAAAGAAACGUUUAAAUUCCAGUUUAAUAAAACAAAAUCAUUCCAGUUAUUCUCUUAUUAAUUACUCAAAAGCUUUCACAUAUGAAAAAUGAAUUGCUUCUGUUAAGAUUUCAUCAGAACUUUGAAACACAUUUUCCAUAAGUUCCAUAAAAACAUUUUUAAUAGUAUUAAUUAAAGAAAGUUCUAACAUAUUCAUCGAAUACCUGCUAAUAUGCUGUUAUAUAUUGAUUACAAAGAGAAAAUCAAUCAAAAUUUAAGACUAGUUUUACUAUUUGAAACAAGUGUCACUUGGUGCUGAGAUAGGCUCUGUAUGAAGCAGGUUUGUCUUUGAAACUACUAAUUGCAAAUACUCUUAAAAAUGUAAGGUAAAGCUGUAAUCUGUCUGAAAAUUCAUGGUUAAUGGCAUUACUUAGAGAUUUUCAAUGAACUGCUGAAUCUGAAACCUUGUGAAUGUCCAGAUCUUGAUUUGUCUGCUUUCUAUUGUAAAGUAUGUAAAUACAAUACAGUGUAUUUCUUCUGUGGAAACAAACAGCAUAAAUGAUACAAAUAAUUUGUAAUAAAAAAUGUCUUUCAUUCGUGACAACAAAUGUAGCUAUGCUAUGAGGUUGAAAUAACAGUUACCCAUCUCAGAUUUUCUUUAAGACAAGUUAAUGAGAUACAACUUUAAAUUUAGCUAUAUCUCAUCUAAAUUACAAGUUCACUAUGCUUAAAGCAUUUCAUUUAAUUUUUGUUAAAAAAAAAUAACAAAAACUAGUUCAUUGUUUAAAUUAUGUUAUUUAUUCAUAGCAGUUUGAUGUGCAGUGUGUGUGUGUGUUUUGAAAGUGUAUAAUUUUAAGUUUCUUGAUGAAUGUAUGGUGAAAUGUGAUUAUGUAGAAACAGAAAAAUAACAAGUGUAUACCCUAAAGAAAGCUUGAUGUCAAUUGUUAAAGUACACAAGUCUAAGGAAGCACUUGCUACAUCUUGCUCAGAUUUUUUUCUCUGGUAUACACUUUGUAAUUUGAAUGUUUUGCAAUUGACAAGUGUUUAAUUUCUAAACCGUCACUUUGUUAUAGAAAUUGAACACUAGUCUUUUCACUAAAAUAAAAAAUUAUUUAAAAAAAAAGAAAAAUAAAUAAAAAGGCUCCUUGCUAUUCCCUGGGUAUAGCAAUAUUAAAAAAAAAAAAGAAAAAUACAAGAAAAUAUACAUGGGCUUAUGUAUACGACAACCAAAAAGUUAAAGAAGGAACCAAAUGUUAAGUGCUGAUUAACUAUUGAUUUUCCCUCUGUAACUCAUUUUUUUUGUCCUUACCUCCACUUGUCUGUGUAUUAUCAAGAAUGCAUGUACAUUUUUUUCCUGAAGAGUUGCUUUUAAUUAUCAUUGAUGCCUUUAUAUGUACAAUCAGUAAAUAUAAAAAAAAAAGUUUGACCUGUCUGCCACAAAUAAUUCUUGUGGCUGAAUUUUGUUCUGUUUUAAUGUUUAUUUAUUUUAAAUUCCAUUUUUUUUUCCCAUUAUAUACUAGAACUGCUUCUCUUUCAUUACGUUUUACAUAACUUCUGCUGUGUAAUUAAAUCCAGGGUCAUUGAAAAUAUGAAUUACUUAUAGGAUUAAUUUAUUUUUUAAAAAUUGUAUUUUUAUUGGUUGUUCUAUAGCAUUAAAUUUGUGAACUUUUUUUUAUGUGGCUUCCACACGCAGUAUAUUUAUUUAACUAAUUUUUUUUUUCUUUAUAUCCUCAUGUGGAUAAGUUAGAAGUGAGUUGAAUCUAUGUGAGCAGGAUUGGUGACAAUCUUGGUACACCCAAGUCAUUGACUAAGUUCUUUUUUUUUUUUAAAUUUAUGUGUAUAAUAUGGUUUUAACAAAAAACAAUAUCACUGUAUAUGUGAUAGUGGUCUUGACUUAAAUCAGACCAAUGGAUAAAAAAUUGCAUUACGCUGAAGUGUAGCUCACCCUGUUCAGCAAGUUGGCUUAUUUUAGGGCUAUUGUUUAUUUAUUGUAGUUUUUUUUUCUAAAUAAAUAACAAACAGAAUUACAGAUUUUGAAAUAUAUUUAAUUCAUUAUAAGAAAUAAAGUACCACUAACAAUGUCUGAUGAAAAAAGUAGCGUGAUUAAUUAUUUAUACAGCUUGUGAUUUACUUAUUUCUAAAAUACCUUUUUUAAAAAAAUAUUUUUUUUUAAACAAGGUUUCUUGGAAAAAUAUUACCAUAGUCCAUUUUAUAUGAUGAAUAAUCAACUGCUACAUAACCACAAACUUAUAAUAGGAGCAUGUAGUUAACGAGCAGGGUGGAUUACUCUCCAGUCACUUACAGCCUUAACACGAUGACGACAUUUUUUUUUAUGGACACUGGAAAUCUUUUUUACUGCUAAUCAGCAGUUGUUUUAAAAGCAUGUAUUCCAUGGCAUUUUAAUAUGCAAAUGUACUGCUGUGUUGUUUCAAGAUGGUGCAAGCUUCAGAGUAGUGGUGUACAAACAUGGGGGGGAUGGUGUCAUCAUGGUGUUAUCACAGAGAGGUGGAUUGUGUCUCAUCAUACAUGGGUGGGUUGUGCUGUAUCACACAGUGGGGUGGGGUGUGUUUCAUCAUGAGAUGGAUGAACUGUGUCUUGCCAUCCAUUUACCUCAAAGGGAAAAGCUCAGACUUUUUAUGUGGAUCAUAUAGUUCUGGUGUGAAUGAGAUGGGUACCGGUGUGUUAACUUUACAGGAAAUUAGUUUGGUUUGGGAGUGACUGUUUCUUGUCUAGCCAAGAUAAUUAAUAUGCUGUUUUAACAUCUAGUCCAAAAAAAACCACUGUCAAGUAUUUCAGUUUGGAAUUAUUUUUUUUCAACCCAUAAUUUGUACAUGCUAACAAAGUUACAUUAAAAUAUGUGUUGUGGUGAGAUAAGCUUCAAGGAAAAUCUAAUUUUUUCUCUUUUUGAUUAAAAAGAAGCUAAAAACUGUUGUGCUUGUGUCAUGGGCACACAAUUUCAAUUUAAAAUAGAUGUUUUUUGUGUGAUGGUUAAUGGGUACACUAUAACAAAUCCUUGACUUUGAACUUGUUUAUUAUAUUGGCUAUUUGUUGUCAUUGAAAGAUUGAACGUGAAGGUUUUUCUUCUUUAGCUUAGAGUAACUUGUUCUUUCUGCAUAUUUUUGUGACUUGUCCUCUGAAAAGAUUUGUGAAAAAAACUAGAGUCGUUAUUUGAAUGGAUGUGCAGAAGACGACAUCUAGCAUGCCUGAUCUCUUGAAUGAAACCAUGAUCUUAUGCAAAGUAUUAAAGCUUUUGCCGCAUUGAUGUAGACUACUUAUACUACAGAGAAGCUUGUUGAUAGAAAGAUAAUAAAUCAACUAUUUGUUGCAUUUUAAAA